GCCUGCGCGCCUGCGCGCCGCGGGCUGACCGAUUCUACCCUAUCCGGCAGAGCCGGCUGUGGGUCCCGCGGCCAUAGCCGCGUCUUCCUUCAGCUCUGUCACCAGCCGGGGCUCGGGCCCGAGCCCGGGCCCCCGGGACAUGGCCCUCCGGAGUGCGCAGGGCGACGGCCCCACCUCCAGCCGCUGGGACGGCGGAGCGGAGAAGACAGACUUGAACGCCAAAAAGAAAAAGAAAGUGGCAGAGAUAUACCAGGCCCUGGACAGUGACCCCACCGAUGUGGCUGCCCUUAGACGCAUGGCUAUCAGUGAAGGAGGGCUCCUCACUGAUGAGAUCAGGCAGAAAGUGUGGCCCAAGCUCCUCAAUGUCAAUACCAAUGACCCACCUCCUAUAUCAGGGAAGGACCUUCGGCAGGUGAGCAAGGACUACCAGCAAGUGCUGCUGGACGUCAGGCGCUCCUUGCGGCGCUUCCCGCCUGGCAUGCCGGAGCAGCAGAGAGAGGGGCUCCAGGAAGAGCUGAUCGACAUCAUCCUCCUGGUCCUGGAGCGCAACCCCCAGCUGCACUACUACCAGGGCUACCACGACAUCGUGGUCACGUUCCUGCUGGUGGUGGGCGAGAAGCUGACGGCCUCCCUGGUGGAAAAACUGUCCACCCACCACCUCAGGGACUUCAUGGAUCCAACAAUGGACAACACCAAGCAUAUAUUGAACUAUCUGAUGCCCAUCAUUGACCAGGUGAAUCCCGAGCUGCAUGACUUCAUGCAGAGUGCUGAGGUGGGAACCAUCUUUGCCCUCAGCUGGCUCAUCACCUGGUUCGGGCAUGUGCUGUCUGACUUCAGGCACGUCGUGCGGUUAUAUGACUUCUUCCUGGCCUGCCACCCACUGAUGCCCAUUUACUUCGCAGCCGUGAUCGUGUUGUAUCGAGAGCAGGAAGUCCUGGAUUGUGACUGUGACAUGGCCUCGGUCCACCACUUGUUGUCCCAGAUCCCUCAGGACCUGCCCUAUGAGACGCUGAUCAGUAGAGCCGGAGACCUGUUUGUUCAGUUUCCGCCGUCUGAACUGGCUCGGGAGGCAGCUGCCCAACAGCAGGCCGAGAAGACAGCCGCCUCCACCUUCAAAGACUUUGAGCUGGCGUCCGCCCAGCAGAGGCCUGACAUGGUGCUGCGGCAGCGGUUUCGGGGACUCCUGCGACCUGAGGACCGAACGAAAGACGUCCUGACCAAACCGAGGACCAACCGCUUUGUGAAGCUGGCGGUGAUGGGGCUGACGGUGGCGCUUGGAGCGGCCGCCCUGGCUGUGGUGAAAAGCGCCCUGGAGUGGGCCCCGAAGUUCCAGCUGCAGCUGUUCCCCUAGAGGCCAGGGAGGGCGCGUCCUCCUCUGACAACUGAGGUCUCACCCUUCCAUGGAAGGAUUGGGAGGGGGUGGCAUUUCCUUUAUUAAAAGGGUUUCUGUCAAGGGUUUUCUCUUCCUGCCCAGCCCCCCCCACCACCUGCCCCUGGUCCGCCUUCCGUUCAGAGGCUGCUGGCACCUGGCAGCUGCCCCCGGGGCCCAGCAGUGGGACUCCUCUCCUUCCCCGCCACUUGCUCCCCACACUCCCCACCAGCGCCUCUGGGAGGGGGGUGCUGUGGGUUAAGGGAGCUGCCAGCUGCUGGGGAGCCCGCCUCGCCUGGUUACUGGGGACCCUCUUGGCAGCCCUGUAGUGAGUAAGUGGGGCCGCCAGGUGCCUCCUGUUCUGUCUGCCGCUGGGCCGAGGGAGUUAGGCCUUGGACUGGAGGCGAGGGACAGAGGCUGCUAGCCGGGAGUAAGGUCGGCCCCUCUCGAGAGCAGCUCCAUUAGCUGGUCAGAAAUCAGACAGACGUGAACUAGGUUACUAGGUAAAUCCAACCUAUUUUCAGCCUAGAAAUCGCUUGGGCAUUCCCAGUCAAACAGGAAGGAAUGUGAGCUUGUAGGGCCCAGAGAUAAACUGGUUUUGCCUGCCUUCUUUUUCCUCCCUUUUCUCUCCCACAAGCCACAUGGUGUUGCUCUUAAAGGACACUUUUAUUAUUAUUUUUAGAAUUACAUAUGCCCAACACGUAAGGUACCCUCACUCUAAAAAUGAUAGUUCCUUCACAGGAAGAAUAGUCCUCAUCAGCAAGAUGAGCUUCUAAGGCCCUGAAGUUUCCUUUCUGCUCAACUGUUGAACAUCUCACUCGAGCUAGAGCUUCUGUGUGUCACCAGCCCCACAAUUCCAGAGCGCCCCCAGGCCUGCUCUCCUUCCUCUUCUCCUCAGACCACUGUUCUCCUCCCAAGUAGGCUCCCACUCACUCCUGCCUUGGCUUCGUUGGGGGGAUUCACUUUAUCUCCUCAACUGCUGGUCUCUCCUUCCUGGUUGGAAAUGUCACUGGAGACUUGUCAGCCACCAGAAGGGACACACUGCAUCCUGAAGAGCGCAGAAGAGGCCGAGACCAGCCAGCCCCUGCCCCAAGCUUCUGGAGGACUCUCCAGGACUUAGGGGACAAGAUGGAUCAUUCAGUCCUGGCCAGCUUUUCCUGUAAGCGAAACCAAGUUUGUGUGCGAUGAACGCUGGCUUGAAAAAAAGUGCCUUUCGCUGCUUUAAAGAAUCGAGGUGUGGAGUAUGAAGCAGCCAUGUACUUUCAUUUUCCUGUCUCUUGGGCACUGUUCUCUUGGCAGGUGUUUUCUUAAAGUGAAUGUGCCAGAAGUCCUCUCCCUUAGCAGCUCCAGACUGCAGAGUGGAGGGUGUUUAGUACGCCGGGCAGCCGGCAGCCCAGAGCUGUGAGCGCAGGUGUCUCCGCCACGUCACGUGAGUGACACUAAGCACUUUAAUACCAAAGGUUAAAGUGAGGGGUCAUUUUCUGUAGCGGGAGUCCCACUUGGGGUAAGUGUAAUGUGGAUGGAUUCUUCUAGACAGUGGUGGGAUCAUGAAGACAGAGGAAGUUGUUCCAGGACCUAGAGGUGGUGAUGCAGCAGGGAGUCCCAGUCUUCUUCCCCAGCAGGUUUGUCCCCUUAUCACCUUUACAGAUGGACAGCAGCAUUGCACCUCCUGCCCAGCACUGGAGCCUGUCUGUAAAGAGUAAAGGGGUUGUUGGGGAAGAGGGAAGAAGGGGCGUGAGAUCAGGCUCCCGGGGCCACAGCCUUCGGAUCCCAGAAAGCAAGUGGCACAGGCUUCUGUUGUAGCGUAAGGAGGGGGUUCAUUUGUUUGGUAGCUUUGCUGACAUCAGGAUUCUCCCUGCCAAUGAGAAGAAAGCAUUAUCCUUUUAUCUUCAGGUGGUUUACUAUUCUGUAAAGAAUAUCUGUAAAUAUUUUGUACAGAGCCCUGUAUAAAAUAAACAGCCAUAUGUGGUUACUAAUCAA